AUGUUCUCUCGCUCUGCUCUGCGGAGCCUUGUAUCCGACUUGCGUUGGACAGCACCGUCUACAAUCUCAUCCGCGGCUCCCCUUCAGCAACGAGCAUGCCUGCACCAAACUGCGUCUUUGAUGAACUCGCAACCACUCCAGAGUCAAUCAUCUUCCACCCACCCCGAUUUACCCCUCAGUGCGACUCCCCGGGCCCAAGAUGCCCAGCCAAAGACCCACAAUGGCAUCAAGCCCUCCAACAAUUUCGACGAAACCACCAUGACACCCCGAACACGCGCCGAUGUACCCAUUGCGAAACAACCCGUCGAACCAACCUUCACCACUCCCCUCAAAGUGACCAAAACCCUCAUGUCACAGCUCCCCCAUCUUGCCGGCCAGAAGCCGCACUACGUCGUCGCCCAAUUGCACGCACGGCCGUACCUGUUGACCGAAGGUGACCACCUUCGUUUGCCUUUUCUGAUGCCCAAUGUCAAGGCAGGUGAUAUCGUCCGGUUCAACCGUGCUUCUGCCGUUGGAUCGCGCGACUUCACAAUGAAGGGCGCCCCUACCAUCGAUGAGCGUAUGUACGAGUGUCGGAUGCGUGUGACUGGUGUGGAUGCGGAGCCGCUGCGCAUCAAAGAGAAGACCAAGCGGAGAAACAGACACGUCAAGCAAGCUAAGAGCAAGCACCGCUACACCCUCAUGCGAGUCAUGGAUGUACGAGUCAAGACGCCAGAGGAGUUGUUGGCGGAAGGCGCGGUGGUCGUUGAGGAUGGCGAAGGCGAAGAUGGCUCCGUCAUUGGGCCCCGGUCAUGA